UUUCACUCUCUUUCACCAAAACCCUUCUCUGGGAGACACAGCAGAGCCUGAGAGAGAAGAGAUGGAGGGGAAGUCAUACCAGAGAUUCCCACGGGUCAAAAUCCGUGAAAUGAGGCACGACUAUCUCAAGUUCGAGCUCCGCGACACCGACGCGAGUGUCGCCAACGCGCUCCGCCGCGUCAUGAUCGCCGAGGUCCCCACCGUCGCCAUCGACCUCGUCGAGAUCGAAAUCAACUCCUCCGUCCUCAACGACGAGUUCAUCGCCCACCGCCUCGGCCUCAUCCCCUUGACCAGCGACCGCGCCAUGAGCAUGCGUUUCUCACGUGACUGCGACGCCUGCGACGGCGACGGCCAGUGCGAGUACUGCUCCGUCGAGUUCCACCUCCGCGCCCGCUGCCACACCGACCAGACCCUCGACGUCACCAGCAAGGAGCUCCUCAGCUCCGACCACACCGUCGUCCCCGUCGACUUCUCCGACGCCUCCGGCUACGAAGCUUCCGAGCAGAGAGGGAUUAUCAUUGUGAAACUGCGAAGGGGGCAAGAGCUGAGGCUGAGAGCUAUUGCUAGGAAAGGGAUUGGGAAAGAUCAUGCAAAGUGGUCGCCUGCGGCUACUGUGACUUUCAUGUAUGAGCCUGACAUUCGCAUCAAUGAGGAGAUGAUGGAGACUCUGUCACUCGAGGAGAAGGCAGCAUGGGUUGAGAGCAGUCCUACCAAAGUCUUUGAGCUUGAUCCUACUACCGGCAAGGUUUUGGUUGUUGAUCCUGAAGCAUACACCUAUGAUGAUGAAGUAAUCAAAAAAGCAGAAGCUAUGGGGAAGCCUGGCCUAGUGGACAUCACUGCCAAAGAAGACAGUUUUAUAUUCACAGUGGAAUCUACUGGUGCAAUUAAAGCUUCUCAACUGCUACUGAAUGCCAUAGAAAUCCUGAAACAGAAACUUGAUGCUGUGCGCCUUUCUGAGGAUACUGCUGAAGCCGAUGAUCAAUUUGGUGAGUUAGGUGCACAUAUGCGAGGAGGAUGAUCUAAUUGGCAACAAAGCUCAAAAAUUGAUAUUCUGUUAUGUCCAUGGAUUCAACUGACUACUGUUUUGUUUGACGGAAAUGUUCAUAACUGCCUGUAGUAACUUCAUUUAGAUUGGAUGCUAAACUUUUAUCCCCCUAACCAUGUCCUCGGAUAUCUGUCAGAUGAUCAAUUUCUGUU